CCUAACCCCAGCACUCGACUUCAGAAAGAUCAUGUACUCUCAACCAUGGCGAAUAGUGCGAUGCUCACAUAUUACCUAUUGGGCCACCCCUCAAUGAGCUAGGUCGUCCCAAGGCGAUGAUUCGCCAUGGUAAGCUUGGAGUACGGCGGGGCUCUGGGAUAGGCACCGUCCGUCAAGUCCGGAUCCAAUCUGGUAAAGCCCCUGGUGGCGCGCUUGGUCAACCCUUGGUUCUGUUCCAACACACGACCCGACUUGAUUGUAAGAUCGGCGUUUUUUCUAAUUGUGCGUCGUCGACAAAAUAGGGUGUUUGGGGAUGUCUGGGGCAGUCAAGAGCCAAGGCGGACCAUUCUCCGUGAAGACUCAAGCUAGCGUCGCUUUCGGAUAUAUUAAGACCGCCUCAUCCAGCUAUUGAUUGUCUUGUUGGUGACAGUUUUAUCGUGCCCUGGAGAGCGCAAAAACAAUACACCCAUCAUGCGAUUCGAUCUCUCGGCUCUUGUUGUGGCCUCCCUCCUUCCCCUGGCGUGCAUGGGCAGCCCCGGCCGCCGCCAGGUUUCCAAGGGGUUUGUUACCACCUCCGGGGCGAAGUUCCAGCUCGAUGGACAGGACUUCUAUUAUGCAGGUUCCAACGCGUAUUACUUCCCGUUUAACAAUAACCAAACCGACGUCGAGCUGGGCCUCACGGCGGCAAAGCGGGCGGGCCUGAAAGUAUUUCGCACCUGGGGAUUCAAUGACCGGAACGCCACCCUUAUCGACGGUGGCCUGCCGGACUAUGGAGGCGAAGGGGCCGGUCCCACCGACGUCGUCUUCCAACGGUGGUCGAACGGCACGUCCACCAUCGACCUGAAGCCGUUUGACAAGGUGGUCCACGCGGCGGAGCAGACGGGAAUCAAGUUGAUCGUCGCCCUCGUCAACAAUUGGGCUGACUACGGCGGCAUGGACGUCUACACGGUGAACCUGGGCGGCCAAUAUCACGACGAUUUUUAUCGAGUUCCCAAGAUCAAGGCCGCCUACAAGCGGUAUGUCAAGGAGUUUGUCACGCGGUACCGCCACUCCCCCGCCAUUAUGGCCUGGGAGCUGGCAAAUGAGCCACGCUGCGAUGCCGACGGCGAGCGAAACCUCCCCCGGAGUCCCGAAGGAUGCACCCCCGAGCUCAUGACCGAGUGGAUCGACGAGAUGAGCACCUACAUCAAGCAGCUGGAUCCUCGCCACCUAGUCACCUGGGGCGGCGAGGGCGGCUUCAACCGCGAGUCGGACGACUGGGCGUACAACGGAGAGAACGGCGGCGACUUUGACGGGGAGUUGGCCCUGCCCAACAUCGACUUCGGGACCUUCCACUCUUACCCCGACUGGUGGACCAAGACCGUGGAAUGGACGGACAAGUGGGUGCGCGACCAUGCCGAUGUCAUGCACAAGCAGGGCAAGCCAGUCGUCCAUGAGGAAUACGGAUGGCUUACCCCUGAGGCCCGGCGCGAGAACCUUGGGACAGUCUCCAACAUUACCCGCAUCCAGGCCGUGGGCGGAUGGCAGGCGAUCGGUGUAGAGGAGAAGAUGCCGGAUCUGUUCUGGCAAUUCGGGUAUUCGGGAUAUUCGUACGGCAAAAACCAUGAUGAUGGUUUCACGAUCUUCCUAGACAGUCCGGAGGCCAAACAGCUAGUUUACCGGCAUAGCAAAGCGAUGGACCAGCUGAACCAGGGCUAGCGGGGUGUUCGUGUGGCUGGUUGACUUCCA